GUUAGAGCCGCUGUCCCCGCGUUAUAUCUGAGGCAAGCGUCCAACUCGGUCACUAGCCCUCGCUUCUCUCUACCAGCUCGCGAGAGCUAGCUCAGCUCGCGCCGCCCCAGAUCCCGAUGCACCCAGCCACAAUGAAGGGGGCGCUCGCCGCCGCCGUCGUCGCCCUCCUCGCCGCCGCCGGGCCGGCAUUCUUCUUCCCCGUCGCCGACGCCCAGGAGUCGCUGUCGGAGCUGCUGCCGUUCGCCGUCGGGGCGGCGCCGGAGGGGUGCGACGUCGGGAAGGGGGAGUGGGUGCGCGACGAGGCGGCGCGGCCGUGGUACGCCGAGGAGGAGUGCCCCUACAUCCAACCGCAGCUGACGUGCCAGGCGCACGGCCGCCCCGACGCCGCCUACCAGCACUGGCGCUGGCAGCCGCGCGGCUGCGACCUCCCCAGCUUCAACGCGACGGCGGUGCUGGAGAUGCUGCGCGGGAAGCGGAUGCUGUUCGUCGGCGACUCGCUGCUUCGGGAGCAGUACGUCUCGCUGCUGUGCCUCCUCCACCGCGCCAUCCCCGACGCCUCCAAAUCCUUCGAGGCCGUCGACUCGCUCAGCAUCUUCAGGGCCAAGGACCACGACGCCACCAUCGAGUUCUACUGGGCGCCCAUGCUCGCCGAGUCCAGCUCCGACGACGGCGCCGACCACCACCUCGCCGACCGCGUCAUCCGCGGCGCCCCCAUGAACAAGCACUCGAGGUUCUGGAAGGGCGCCGACGUCCUCGUCUUCAACUCCUACCUCUGGUGGAUGACCGGGGACAAGAUCCAGAUCCUGAGAGGCGCCGACGAGGACAUGAGCAAGGACAUCGUGGAGAUGGAGGCGGAGGAGGCGUACCGGCUGGUGCUGCACCAGGUGGUCCGGUGGGUGGAGCACAACGUGGACCCCAAGAACGCGCGGGUGUUCUUCGUCACGGCGUCGCCGACGCACGCCAGCGGCGGCGAGGACGGCGGCAACUGCUACGGCCAGACGUCGCCGGUCGCCGCCGCGGACGCGGAGUCCUACCACGGGAGCACGAGCGGGCGGAUGCUGCAGGUCGCCGGCGAGGUGCUGGCGGCGUCGCGGGUGCCCGUCGGGGUGGUGAACAUCACCCGGAUGUCGGAGCUCCGCCGCGACGCGCACACGCAGACCUACAAGGAGCAGUGGGCUCAGCCGGCGGCGGAGCAGGCCGCCGACCCGAGGAGCUACGCCGACUGCACCCACUGGUGCCUCCCCGGCGUGCCCGACGCAUGGAACGAGCUGCUCUACUGGAAGCUCUUCUUCCCCGCGCGCGACCAGGCCAUCUGACCGCACCACGUCGUCGCCGUCGCCACUAAUCGAUUUCUGUAGCAUCAGCGUGGCUGCAAUCUGUUCCUCGCCAUCUCUUCUCUUGGCGAUCGAUGUAAUCUCAAUCUGUUCUUUAAUUUCUCUUCUCUUUUUUUGCACGAAAUGAAAUACAGAGUACAGGCACCAUCUUGCAUCGAGGUUGUUGAAA